AUGGAGAUCGAGCACAAAUCUUAUUGGGCAAUCAAGGCAUGUGAUGCAAAUCUCGAAUCUUCACUUGUCAAUUGGAAGAUGCAACUCCAAGAACUUGAAGAAAUGAGGCCUGAGUCCUAUGACAAUGCCAGAAUCUACAAACACAAGCUGAAAAUUAUUCAUGACAAACAAAUUCUGAGGAAGCAGUUUCAUGAAGGUGACAAGGUUCUAAAGUUUAAAGCCCAGUUGAAGCUGAUGCUUGGGAAGUUUGUCACCAAGUGGGAAGGUCUAUUUAAAAUUACUAAAGUAUAUCCCUUUGGCACAAUAGAGCUCGUAGAUGAGGAAACCGGUAUAACUUUACAAGUCAACGGCUAUCUGCUGAAGCAUUACUAUGAGGAGCAAAGACCCCCUGAUCAUAUGGUUGUUCCCUUCCACCCUACUAUUUUACUUCCUAUUGUAUUGCUGGUGAUAUCUAUUUGCUGA